AUGGAUUUUCAGAACCGUGCAGGUGGGAAAACUGGAGGUGGUGGAGUAGCAUCGUGGUCCGACGCAAAUGUUGAUCGACGCGAAAGGUUACGCCAGUUGGCGUUGGAGACAAUCGAUCUGCAAAAGGAUCCGUAUUUUAUGAAAAAUCAUCUGGGUGGCUAUGAAUGCAAACUUUGCUUAACACUGCACAACAAUGAGGGCUCAUACUUAGCGCAUACACAGGGCAAAAAACAUCAGUCGAAUUUGGCACGACGUGCUGCAAAAGAAGCAACUGAUCAGCCUUACAUGCCUUUACCACAGCAGGUUAAAGUGGAACCAAAGAAAUUUGUCAAAAUUGGCAGACCUGGUUACAAGGUAACAAAAGAACGAGACCCAGCAACGGGUCAGCAAGCUUUGCUAUUUCAAAUUGAUUAUCCCGAAAUUGCUGAAAGUGUCACCCCUAGACAUAGGUUUAUGUCAGCUUACGAACAAAAAGUGCAACCACCUGAUAAACGUUGGCAGUACAUUCUUUUUGCUGCUGAACCAUACGAAACGAUUGCUUUCAAGAUACCAUCAAGAGAGGUAGAUAAGACGGAAGAUAAGUUUUGGACUUUGUGGAAUAAAGAUACCAAACAGUUUUUCAUGCAGUUCGCAUUUCGGUUCGAUCGAAUGUCUCAGCACGACGAACCUCCACCACCUCCUCCCUCUGCAGCUGCCGCAAUGAUACGACCAACACCAGUACCACCACCUAUGUUUCUACCUCCACCUUUUUAA